AUGUUACUGCUCAACAGCUUCAAAGGCAGGCACCUUCCUGGACAUUCAUUGCUUGUGCCUGUGGCAUUCCAGUCCCUGGAUGCUACAGAUGGAAAACAAGCAAGAAGGACAAAUAGCAGCACUCCGUUAAGAGAGCUUUUUGAUCAUAGCUGUGAUUCAUUGUCCACAGUCUUUGUGGUUUGGGGAACUUGUAUUGUUGUACAGCUGGAUGUUAACCCUGAUUGGAUGUUCUUCUGUUGUUUUGCUGCGACAUUCAUGUUUUACUGCGCACACUGACAGACGUACGUCUCGGGAAUGCUGCGCUUCAGCAUGAUUGAUGUGACUGAAAUACAAAUCUUCAUAAUAAUCAUAUCCACUAUAGCAGGAACAAGUGUCCUCUCACCUUUUCUUCAUAUUGGCUCUGUGAUUGCCUUGGCUGCAGUGACCUACAAGAAACCUGCUGUGCAGCUCUUUGAGAGGCAUCUCUGCCUCUACAUCCUGACUUUUGGCUUUGUGGCUGCCAAGAUCACAAAUCAACUGGUGGUUGCCCACAUGACCAAGAGUGAAAUGUAUUUAUAUAACACAGCAUUCAUAGGCCCAGCAUUGCUGUUCCUUGACCAAGUGUUUAACAGCUUUAUUGAUAAGUACAUUGUCCUCUGGAUUGCCCUGAUCCUGUCCCUGUCUGACCUGCUCCGAUACUGUGUCAGCGUGUGCAUCCAAAUUGCUGCCCACCUGCACAUCCACGUGUUCCGCAUCAAGGGCUGCCCCAUGCCCUCGAACCAUCACUAGG